AAUAUAAAUUUUGCCGGUAUACGAAUGUAAAAUUCAUUAAUUUAAUAUUGGCUCUCCUGGGUGUACUAUCUAGUGAUUUUUGUGAAGAGCUGAGAUAGUGUUAUUUUGAAUUGACUUUUAUUUAAUCAUUCUUUUUACCAUAAACUUAAAGCCAUGGCUGCGGACCAAGAGCAAUUUUAUCAACUUUUGACAACCCUUCUAUCAACAGACAACGAUAUUCGAUCUCAAGCUGAGGAGACAUAUGGCAAUAUCCCAGUUGAAGUAAAAGUUAGUUAUCUCUUGGGAGCUAUCAGAAAUUCGCAAUUAAAUGAAGAGGCACGUCAAAUGUCAGCAGUUUUAUUACGAAGACUUUUAUCAAGUGAGUUUGUGGAUUUUUAUCCAAAACUUCCUCCUGAGAACCAGCAACAACUUAAAGAGCAAGUAUUAUUGGCCAUACAGCAAGAGCAGACAUCUCAGAUGAGACAUAAAGUUUGUGAAGUAGCUGCUGAAAUAGCCAGAAAUUUAAUUGAUGAUGAUGGAAAUAAUAUGUGGCCAGAAUUUUUACAGUUUCUUUUUCAGUGCGUUAAUGCACCUAAUGUUGUCCUUAAAGAAGCAGCCCUUCAAAUGUUUGCCUCUGUGCCUGGAGUUUUUGGAAACCAACAACCAAAUUAUUUAGAUUUGAUAAAACAGAUGUUAAUGCAAAGUAUACAGCAGACAGAAUCAUACGAAGUACGCUUUCAAGGGGUGAAAGCUAUAGGUUCAUUCAUCCUGAUCCAUGAGAAAGAAAUGCAAAUUCUCAAACAUUUUGCUGAUCUUUUACCAUUCAUGCUAUCAGUAAUAAACGAAAGCUUUCAAGAUCAGUCAGAUGAUACUUUACUCAAACAGCUAAUUGAUUUGGCCGAAAAUACUCCAAAAUAUUUAAGGCCCCAAGUAGUUCCAAUUUACGAACUGUGUAUGAAGAUAACUAGCAAUUCAGAAUCGCUAGAUAACUGGAGACAAUUAGCUUUGGAAGUAAUGGUGACACUAGCGGAAACAGCUCCUGCAAUGGUGAGAAAACAAGCGUCAAAAUACAUAACGCAGUUGGUACCGCUCGUCAUGCAAAUGAUGGCGGAUUUGGACGAGGAAGAGAAUUGGGCUCAGGCAGAUGAACUACUGGACGAAGAUAACGACUGUAAUAAUGUUGUUGCUGAAGCCGCUUUGGACAGAUUAGCUUGUGGCCUAGGAGGGAAAACAAUUCUACCCCUUGUUCUCCAAGGACUUCCACAAAUGUUAAGUAGCGAAAACUGGAAACAACGUCACGCAGCUUUAAUGGCAAUAAGUGCCGUCGGUGAAGGAUGUCACAAGCAGAUGGAAGUGAUGCUACCCCAAAUAAUGAACGGAGUGGCAGGAUUCAUGCAAGGGGUCCUAUCCUAUUUACAAGAUCCACACCCCAGAGUGCGUUACGCUGCGUGUAACGCAAUUGGACAGAUGUCAACCGAUUUUGCUCCCGUUUUUGAAAAAAAGUUUCACGAUAGCGUCGUUCCCGGCCUCUUGAUGCUCUUAGACGACAAUGCUAAUCCGAGAGUGCAAACACAUGCCGGUGCUGCGCUUGUCAACUUUUCCGAAGAUUGUCCAAAACAUAUUUUAACGCAAUAUUUGGAUCCGUUAAUGGCCAAAUUGGAAACGAUUUUAACUGCAAAAUUUAAAGAAUUGGUUGAAAAGGGAACAAAACUAGUACUUGAACAGGUGGUCACCACUAUUGCAAGUGUUGCCGACACUGCAGAAAAAGAAUUUAUCGCUUAUUACGAUCGUCUCAUGCCCUGUCUGAAGUACAUUAUUAAAAAUGCUAAUAAAGAAGAACUGAAAUUACUAAGAGGAAAAACAAUUGAAUGUGUAUCCUUAAUCGGUCUAGCAGUUGGACCGGAAAAAUUCUUGAACGACGCUGGCGAUGUUAUGGACAUGCUUUUGGCGACACAUGGUGAAUCAGGAGAGUUGCCUGAAGACGAUCCUCAAACGAGCUACUUGAUACCUGCCUGGUCGCGAAUUUGCAAGGUGAUGGGAAAACGAUUUGAACAAUACCUGCCAGUUGUGAUGGGUCCAGUUCUGAGAACUGCAUCAAUGAGACCUGAAGUUGCCGUUUUAGAUAAUGACGAUUUGCAAACUGUAGAAGGUGAUUUGGACUGGCAGUUUGUAUCUUUGGGAGAGCAGCAAAACUUCGGCAUUCGAACAGCAGGCUUGGAAGAUAAAGCUGCAGCCUGUUCAAUGUUAGUGUGUUAUGCACGCGAGCUUAAAGAGGGCUUCUCAAAUUAUGCCGAAGAAGUGGUUAAACUAAUGGUACCGAUGUUAAAAUUUUAUUUUCACGAUGGUGUACGUGCCGCAGCAUCCGAAUCUCUGCCUUACCUGUUGGAGUGCGCUAAAAUCAAGGGGCCCGCUUUCUUACAAGGUAUGUGGCAGUACAUUUGUCCAGAAUUGCUAAAAGCCAUCGAUACUGAACCCGAGAGUGAAGUCAUGCUACAGCUGUUGUCCUCGUUAUCUGGCUGCAUAGAAACUCUCGGCGCUGGUUGUUUGGAUCAGGUGGCAAUGACUGAAUUACUUAAGAUUAUCGACAAACUUAUGCAAGAACACUACGAACGUGCUUCAGAUAGAAGAACAAAACAUCUAGACGAAGAUUAUGAUGAGAUUGUAGAAGAGAAACUGGAAAACGAAGAAUCUGAAGAUGUUUUUAUUUUGAGUAAAAUAGCCGAUGUAGUUCACUCGUUAUUUUUGACGUAUCGGGAACAGUUCAUACCAUUUUUCGAUCAAAUUGUUGCUCACUUCACUAAUUUAUUGGACCCUGCAAGGCCUUGGGCUGAUCAUCAAUGGGGCAUUUGUGUAUUUGAUGAUAUUAUAGAAUUCACAGGACCAGCUUGUGAAAAAUAUCAACAUAUUUUCCUACAAUCAUUGGCAGUGUACACAAAAGACAAAUCUCCAGAGGUGCGACAAGCAGCAGCUUAUGGUUGGGGUGUUCUAGCUCAGUUUGGUGGCAACAGAUUCGCACAAGAGCUUGCCAAAGCCGUGCCCCAUCUUAUAGAAGUCGUGAACAGUUCUGAUUCAAGAGAACCACGUAACAUAAACCCAACUGAAAACGCUAUUUCUGCUGUAACUAAAAUAAUGAAAUAUAACAACUCGGCAAUUAACGUUGACGAAAUCCUUUCAAUCUGGAUAAAUUGGCUGCCUGUUGUUGAAGACGCUGAUGAAGCACCCCAUGUGUACGGAUAUCUGUGUGACCUCGUUGAGCAAAAUAACCAAAUCGUUUUAGGACCAGGUAAUGCAAACAUACCACGUAUACUACAGAUUUUUGCAGAAGCUUUCUUCAGUGAAGUAAUAGAACCUUCAAGUCCGCAAGGUUUCCGAAUGUUAAAUAUCAUCCGACAGGUACAAUCCAACGAAGUUAUGUUUCAGAACAUAAUUUCGAAUUUUCGACCUGAACUACAACAAGUUCUUCAUAUAGCCCUUCAUUCUUCCACCCGUCCUUCAUAGUGAUUAUGCUACUGUUGAAAUUCUUGCACUAUUACCUGUAUUUAUAGAAAAUUAAUACUAUUCUUUUAAGAGAUGUCAAUGGCGGAAAAGAAAAUUAAUUAAUUUUAACUACUUAAAUAAUUCCAACUGCAGAAAAAAUGAAAACUGAAAAGUAAUUGUUAAAUGAAGUAUUUAAUUUUCUUUAAUUGACGCUUCCACCAGUCGUUAAAAGUUAUAUGCAUGUUAUAACUUUGUCAAAUAUGUCGUUUAUGUGAUAACUUUUGGAAUAGCUGUUCUGUAUAAUAAAUAUUUUUAUCUACAG